CUCCCGCACCCAGGCCAACAGCUCCUUCGUACACCAAGAUUGUUGGUGGCGAGCCAUCGGAAGGCGUGCCUAUGGUACCUGGUCCUUCGGACGGCAGGCAUUACGGUGAACAAUUCAGCCUCGCGCUACCUUUCCCAGUCAAAAUCUUUGAGACUUCUUCCACGCAGAUUUCCAUUGCUGUCAGAGGAUACAUCACAGUCGGACCGUACACAUUCAAUGCAUUUGCAGACGCGCUCUACGUCUAUGGUCCUGGUUGGAAUCAAGGUCUAUUCUACCGUGUCGAUGGCGCCAUUGGCUCUCGUAAAAUCCACUUCUCUUGGUUCACAGGCAGCUACUACUGGGGACACGAGCGCUUCCACAUCACAGCCACUUUUGACGAAGCUAAGCCUGGUAUCCUUGUCAGCAAGAUUUUCGACACUUGGGGUCAAGUCAAUCCUAGACGUACAAUCUCUGUUGCUGGCAAUGGCAAGAACAUCCUCUUCGCUCAGUCUGGAUCCACCAACGUGCACGAGGGCCAGGAGAUUACCUUCGAUACUACAGGUGCUGGGAGCGUGUCGGCCAAGGACUUUGAUCGCAUUGACUGUUGCAAGAAGACGGGAUUCGAGUGGCAUGUGUGCACAGAGGUUUAG